AUGUUUGCAAAUUGUUUGUCGGAAUGGAAUAUUUCUCAUAGUCAAAUUAUUGCUGUUGUUACAGAUAACGGUGCAAACAUAAAAAAGGCUGCACAAACUACAUUUACCGUUGACAAGUUAAUACCAUGUAUUGCACACACUAUCAAUUUAAUUGCAGAAAAAUCAAUAUCAGAUACAAAUAAUUUGACUUCUUUACUUUACAAAGUACGGGGUAUCGUCAAAUGUAUAAAAAACAACACUGCUAUUAGUAAUGAGUUAAGGAAAUGUCAAACUAAUGAAGGAAAAUCUGAAGGACAAUUACUAAAACCUAUUUUGGAUGUAAAAACUCGCUGGAAUAGUGUUUAUUAUAUGAUUAAAAGAUUUUUGAAACUUUCAUCCAUUAUUUCUUUAAUUUUAUUAACAUAA